AUGGAGAUCGAAAAAUGCUACGAACACUCGUGCGGCGAGAGAAGGAAGCCAAACGCCCAUGGAAACAUAAGUGGCAAAAAUGGAAAAAUAUAUCCACCUGAUCGGGAAGAAAUAGGAAGAGCGUCGUGGCUAGUUCUGCAUACAAUGUCGGCAAACUACCCGACGAACCCAACGGAGGAAGACAAGAAAAAGCAUUUCCAUUUUUUCCACGCCUUUGCCAAUUUAUAUCCUUGCUAUAUAUGUAAGCUGGAUCUUCUGGAGCAUUUAAAAAGUUACAAAAUAAACUGUGAAGGUAGGACGGAAAUGGCAACCUUUAUGUUUAACCUUCACAACAAGGUGAAUGAAGACAUCGGGAAGGCUCUGUUUCCCUGUGGACAUAUUCAAGAGAUCAUUGAUAUGUACAGGACGGCUGACUGA